AUGCCCAGCUCGGCUCCGGAGAGAGGUGCAAGCCAGCCCCAGGAGCUCCAUGGCGGCGGAGGAGAGCUGCACAGCACACCGGCAUGGAAGGCCCGUUUCCUGCAGCCCAGCAAGGCCAAGGUCGCCCCAAGCAGCAGCACGGAGGAAGCCAAGCAGAAGCGCAAGGCCAGGCCUAUGCGCUCCAAGGCCCGGCGCAUGGCUGCCAACAUCCGCGAGCGCAAGAGGAUCCUGGACUACAACCAAGCCUUCAACGCCCUUCGACUGGCCCUCAAGCAUGACCUGGGGGGCAAGCGCCUCUCCAAGAUCGCCACCUUGCGCCGGGCCAUUAACCGCAUCGCCUCCCUGUCCAUGUCUCUUCGGUCUGUGUCUCGGUGGCCCUGUGCUCAUGCGGAAUGCCACCGGCCCUUUGGCCAGGGAAGCAUCAAAGGCCCCCUCCUCCCUUCAAGCGUCUUUCAACUGCCUCAGGAGGCCAACCAUGCUGACCUGCCGCCCUCCCAGCCACGUCCCACAUCCCCGGCAUGUGGCAAGUGCCUUCCGGACUCUUCUCUCCAGCCUUUUUAUGAAAGCCCGAAGGAGGGCAACCAUGUCCCCAGCCCUGCUUAUUACACCAGCGGCCACUGUCUCCUCGGGAGCCGUGCCGCCUGCCAGCCAAGACGUGUGGACCAUGGCCGAAGUUGUCCUUCGGGACCUUUCCCUUGGGAAUAUGGAUUUUUCUCCUCUCCUCCCAUGGCUUGA